AUGCCGUGGCGCACCCUCGAGGCGACGGCGGUCGAGAUUGAAGACACGACGAGGUCGAACGAGCACGGCAGCGAAACUUCGUACACGGUGCUGCACGUCGUCGCCAAGAUUCCCGCGCGCGAGCUCCGCCCCGGGGGGUCGUUCGUCUACGCGUGCCUGGGACUCCUUUACCUCCCCGUGCUAUUCGACGCGCUGUGGUUCGUGAAUGGCGGGAACAUAAAGCGCGCCGCGCCGCCGCCGCCGCCGCCGGUCGCGCCGCCGACGGAGGCGGAGGAUGCGAAGAAGAAUAAACGCACGAAGUGCUGCGGGCUAUACCGCGAGGACAAGUACUGCUGUUGUUUAGACGUGGAGGACGACAGCCUGUCCGACCGUCUGAUUACCAGGCUGUGCAUGCCAGUGUUUCUGCCGUGCCUCGUCGGCUUCGGGGUGCUCCUAUUCAUGCGCCAAGUCUUAGCGUACGGCCUGGGCUCCUUGGUCUUAAUGAUACGCAACCUGCUCAGAGCCUUGACGUGCAACCUGCUCGGAUCCUUUGAAAACCACUACGUCCGCAUCGCGAAGCCGAAGCCGUCUUCGGACGCGGCGGCUGACGCGGCUGACUUUCGAAUAAAUUCGCCGGCUGACUUUUGGGAGUUGCGAACCUCCGUCGUGUACGACGGCGGGAACAUGUUCGUGCCGAGUCCUCCGUUCGCGAUCGACGAGUUAAACGUCGGAGACGCGUUCAAAUGCGGCUUCGGGCCGUUCGAGUCGUUAUGCUUAUUUCGAGGGAACGGCGGCGAGCGCGGCGGCGCCCCGGUCGACGCUUUCGUAGCCGGCGAACCGUGA